GGAAGCUCUCUUUGUAUCCUUUAGUAUUAUAAAACUGGUUCUGUGAGUAGAGAUGGUACUGCAGCCGCCGCAUUAGGUAAACAGUCCUUUAGGUCGGCAACUCGGCAAGCGUGAAUCCAAAUUUCUCUAAAUUUCUGCCUUUUUUUUCUGGUAUCACCCAUUAAGCCAAUUCUUGUUAUUUUAUUCGUCCUUGCAGCAGCUUUUUUCCACAUUACCACAAACAGAUAAGCCACUGUAAUGGGCAAUACCAUUUCUGCAGCCCAAAACACAGCCAGUGUCAUCACAAGUGUAGGGGGAGGAAAAGAAGCCAGCCAUGUCAUCUCAGAGCUUCCAUCAACCUAUGCCUCCAUGGAUACCUCAGUGAUUCCAUCAUCUCACUCUUCCAUGGAUAGCAUAGAGCACCCACCAUCAACCCCUGCCUUUGUUGCCACCUCGGAGCUUCCACCAUCCCAUGCCACCAUUAACACCUCAGCUCAACCCCCAGCAGAGUGUCCCAUGCAUAGGCCCCAAGUGGCACCACCUUCAGAGUGUCCUAUGCAUAAGCAAAAUGUUGAGGCUAUUGCUCCUCCUUCAGAAUGUCCCAUGCACAGAGAAGAGAAUCAGCAGCCUUCUUUUCAGAGUUUUCCAUCUGAGUGUCCCAUGAGUGGAGGUAAAGGAAAGGGCCCAGCACAUCAGGCAGGACUUCACUAUGGUAAAGAACAUGCUGGAAAGUAUGUGGACGUCAACCCACUGAAUAUGGAGGCCUAUCCUAACCAGAAGCCUGCACCUGACCAACCCUUUCAGCUGCCCACAGAAAGACAGGUCUCAUCAAUCCCCAAAGCUGAUGGAGAUGGGGAAAAUUGGGUCUACCCAUCACCACAGAUGUUCUGGAAUGCAAUGCUCAGAAAAGGGUGGCGAUGGAAGGAUGACGACCUCAACAAACAGGACAUGGAUAACAUCAUUCGUAUCCACAAUGUAAACAAUGAGAUGGCAUGGCAGGAGGUGCUGCAGUGGGAGUCAUUGCACAAGCAUGAGUGUGGCAAUCCCAAGUUGAAGCGUUUUGGAGGAAAGGCAUCUGACUAUUCACCUCGUGCCAGAUUCAGGAGUUGGAUGGGGUAUGAGCUUCCAUUUGACCGCCACGACUGGAUAGUGGAUCGCUGUGGGAAGGAGGUGCGCUACAUCAUCGAUUAUUAUGAUGGUGGUCCUGUUGACCCAGAAAGCCAUAGCUUUGCCAUCCUGGAUGUGCGGCCAGCCAUGGACUCCUUUGAGAAUGUGUGGGACCGUAUGGUUGUGGCCUGGUGGAGAUGGACCAAGAAAGGAGAGUAAGCUGCACAUCUGCUAACCCAGUGGUUCCCAACAUUUUACUGAUUAAGUACCACAUGGAGAUCCAGAACAGUCACAGUGUAUUACAUGUUUUGUAGAAAAACUCAGUUUGAUUAGAUAUCAUAUGAGAUAUUCACAAGUAAAACACACAAAUGAACUUACAAUAAAAAAUACAUCUCACUUUAAUUCAAGGGCUGCAUCGGUUUCUUCUCCACCAAGUAGUCAAUACAGGGCAUAACUUUGUUCACACGGUAUUGGAAAUUAUAAAUAAGAAAAAAUUAAAUGAGUUAACUAAAAACUGCACACCCUGUAAGUACUUGCCUACCACCUGGAAGGCCCUUGCGUACCACAGCUUGGGAACUACAGCUCUAACCCCUUAUCUUCCUUUUCUAUAUAUUUUGCAUUCUGCCCCAGCUGUUGCUGAUAGUAAGGAAAGAUUUUCUUGUCAUUGAAUGUUCUUGAGCAGCAGUAGUUGUUGAGUUGGAAGUCACCACAGAAGUUGUCAGAUGUACAGAUAGGAUGGAUUGUAAUUCAUGCUUUCAUUAUUUUUUUUACUAUUAUGAAACCAAGUUUACAAAUGGUGAUGACUGAAAAUACUAGAAUGACAGAUUAGAGAAGGAUAAUUGAACCUGUCUACUAUAUUGGUAAUAAGGGAGGUGGGUUUGAUUAGACAAAGGAAAGAUAAGGGAAGAAAAUUGCUCACAAUAAAGAGCAAUUAUAUACAGUCCUUUUAGUGGCGGCUAUGGCAGCAGCAGCAGCAUGAGUAUCAACAUUUACUUCAUUAGGUACAGUUGACAAUAAAAGAUCUGGCGACCUUGGGACCUGAGGACGGUCAGAUUUUUUGUGUGUAUGUAUAUGUUGUAUAUAUUUAACAGAAAUGGACUAUCUGUACAGUGCUUUAAUAGAAGGAAAUUAAACACUAAACAAAAAACAAAUGCAAAUGAAAUUUUUUUAGCACUUCCAGUCUCUGUGAUCAACAGUGCAGGUUUUCAUAUCACACCACUUUUUUUCUAUCCUGAAUGGAUUUGUAAUUGUCAACUGUACAGUAUUCCUUAGAGAGGUUUGAAUUAUUAUAUAAUUUUUCAAGUGAUAAAGUCCUGUCUUAUACUUUAAACUUAUUUUUCCAGGUGAUAGUUACUUUCACUGAUUGGUAGUUCAUGCUGCACAUGAGCACAUAAUGGUGUUUUUGUGAAAGGUGUUGCUGUUAUGUAGAAGGCUGACCAACCAACUAACCUAAUCUGGUUAGUGGAAAAUAACGACUCCACUGUUUGUGUAUGUGUAAAUAGGAUGUACAAAAAUUACUAUAUUAAAGAUUGAUGCCACUGUUA